CUACACGACUGCUCACCCACUGCCGCCACCUUCCCUCAUUGUUGGAAGCUGGAAGUCUAGGUAAACAGAGAUUACCAAGCACAAAUCUACGGGUGUCCAGCAACCAACCAACGGCUCAUUGUUGCAUAUUGACGAACUCGACGUGUUGCAUCUGCACUCUGCAUCAUGGCGCCGACGGAAGACACCAUCCUGCGCAACUACCUGCUUGUUCCCGCGCAGCUGCCGUCCAUCAUCUCCCUGCAGGAAUUCGUUGCGCUGUUUCCGCGGCAGCUGCAGUCAUCGCCACGCAUCCGCAGUCUCUACCGCGAUCUGCAGAGACAGAGGAAUGCAGUCGUCGACGCCGUCGCGGAGCAGAUCGAGCACGAGGUCAAGCAGGGGAAGGCUAUGCGCCGCGCGGUGAUCAGGUCCCGGCGGGAGGCCGAGGCAAACGAGCAGGAUGACGAGAUCGAGAUCGAGAGGAUGCUGGGAAACUGGUCCGAGGCCCAAAACUCCAGACACAGCCUUGCCACUAUCCUGCCUGAGAUGGAAGGCGCUGUCGGUGAAUUGGAGGCCGAGCUGCAGCUGCUCGAGGAGGAGGAGGCCGCGCUCCUGGCCUCGGUCCGGCAGACGGUCGGCGCCAUGAGCGACCUGCGGUACGGCCGGUUGGCUAACAGCCAGUUGCCGGAACAAGUCCUCGACGGCCUGGCCAAUUUGCAAGAAAUCUGCAGGCCAAAGAAUUGAUCUCGAUUCCAACAGCUCCCGUGUGCCCUCACAAGAUCGAAGCAGUGUACAGGAAUAACCGUCCCGUCCCUUCCAGUCCGCCAAAUCUAGGUAGCCAUCGUCUUGAGACCCCUGCAGCACAGAAAUACGACAAAUCCGACCCAGUAAUUACAGUACUAUCGUGGAAGAUCCUUCGAAAAGAGA